AUGUGGGAAUAUUUAAAAAAGGUUUACAAUCAAACGCAUUUAGCUAGAAGAUUUCAAUUGGAGUGUGAGAUUACAAAUUACACUCAAGGAGGAUUGUCUAUUCAGGAUUACUUCUCUGGUUUUCAAAAAUUAUGGGCUGAAUUUUCUGAUAUUGUUUGUGCUACCGUGUCCAAAGAUUCUCAAAAAGAUAUAUUGGCUGUUUAUGAUGUUAGCAAGCGUGACCAGUUUUUGAUGAAGCUACGGUCAGAUUUUGAGAAUGUUCGUUCUAAUUUGAUGGUCGUCAUCCUCCUCCUUCAUUGGAUAUGUGUUUUGGUGAAUUGCUUCGUGAAGAACAGUGUCUUCUCACUCAAGCCACUCAUGAACAAGAAAAGUUGA